AUGCCGGACGGUGAGGGCGAGCGGCGGGCGAGCGCGAACGAACGCGCGGCGCUGCGGCGGUUGGGGUGGUUUACGGCGGCGCUCGCGGCGGUGCCGUACGCGACGUAUAAAACGACGCUGCGGACGACGUGUCCGGCGGCGUACGAGAGAUACGGAGCGACAUUUUUAGCGACUGAGAGUGGACGAGCGACGUGUGCGGGGAUGUUUGCGAUCGUGGCGGUGAAUGUAGUUUUGCUCUUGUACGUCGCUUCGGCCCUGCGCGGCGGCGACGAACGGCUGCCGGUUCCGGCGAAGAAGGCUGACUAA